AUGUCGAACCUUAGCGCUUCAUCUGGUUCAGAGCUGGCAUGGCGGUUAAAAGCUAUCGGUGAUGUUGAGCAGAAAAUAGCUGAAUUAAUCAAACAUGCGCAAACAUGUGUCAACGAACUGAGCAAAGAGAAACAGAUCAGCAAAUCUAAGAUGGAGGAAGCAUCAUCAGCAUUCAAGAAAUGCCUUAAUUCGAUCGAAAGCGAUCUGAAUGCUCAAAUGCAGUAUUUAAGUCAUGUUUGUGUUGGUACCGCCCAUCAGGGUUCAACUUUUGCAAGCCAGCAGAAUAUAGCGCUCGCGGAGCAAACAUUAUUUUCUUUAAAGGAUCGAUUAUCAGCCAUACAACAAGUUUAUCUUCCUAUUAUGACAGAUGUCUCAACGAGAUGA